AAUUAACCGAACCACCAACUAUGACGACCGCUGCCCGUCCGACAUUCGAUCCCGCGCGCGGUGGUAGUGGCCGUGGCGAGAAGGAUCUAAGCGCCCUUUCCAAACAGUACAGCAGUCGUGAUCUGCCCGGACACACAAAGCUCAAGUACCGUGACCAAGGCCAAAGCACCAGCGAAGAGCUACGCAACCGGGACUUCCGCGAGGAGCUCGAGAAGCGUGAACGCGAUAACAAACAGGGCAAAGGAUCGGCCGUACAGACUGCACGCCGUGCCAUAGAGCAACAGGGCUCGGGCAGUGUGAGCGGCAGCACCAAACGCCAGAAGCUGGAUGCGCCACAGAACUUGGACGCGGAUGAUCCGGUUGAUAGCGAAAACUCGGACACAGAUUCGGAUGAGGAUGAUACUGCCGCACUACUAGCCGAGCUGAACAAAAUCAAGCAAGAACGAGCGGCCGAAACGGCGAAAAAGGAGCGUAGCAAGCAGCAGGAAGAGGAACGCAUCCGGAUGGAAAAUAUACUGUCGGGCAAUCCGCUGCUGAACUAUUCUUCCACUGCCAAAGCGGAAAUGAAGGUGAAACGCCGGUGGGACGAUGAUGUGGUGUUUAAGAAUUGUGCCCGUUCCGAACCGGAGAAGAAGGCGAACCAGUUUGUAAAUGAUUCCUUGCGAUCUGAUUUCCACAAAAAGUUUAUGGAUAAAUAUAUUAAGUAAAGC